GGCAAAGGAAAGUAACAGACGAAUCAAGUCUGAGCAACAUGAAGAUGAUUUUCAUAAUUUCGGUCUUUCUUGUGGGAGGUUUAUGGGAGACUGAAGCUGAGUCAGUAACAGGAGUGCUGGGACGAGAGGUCACAAUAACAUGCUCUCACUCUUACGCAUCUUCCAACGUCAAAUAUUUCUGCAAGGGAGUGUGUGGAUAUGAAGACAUCCUAAUAAGUAGCAGAAAAAAUAAGAAAGAUUCUAAUGGGAGAUACAGUAUUAAUGAUAGUGGAAACACAUUUUAUGUGACCAUCUCUAGGCUGACGGAGGAAGACGCAGGAACUUACUGGUGUGGAAUAGAGAGAGCUGGUGUUGACACAUACAAUGAAGUAGUCCUCAUAAUCAAAAAGGAAAACCCUGACGAUGCCUUGGCUCAAUCAAAUGCUUCAUCCUCUAAGAUACUGGUGUACGUUGGAGCAAGUCUCGGGGUGAUUGCGCUGGCACUUGCAAUUGUCCUUCUGAUGUUCUUCAGACAUCGAAAGAGAGACACCAGUGCAUCUUCAGGAAAGGACCAUGAUGUGGCCUAUGCAACAGUAACUAUUCAGAAACAGAAUGGACAGAACAUCACUACUUCCUCUUUAACAGCCAAUAAGGAUCAAGACACAGACAGCAGGACUAACGGCUCAUCGACCACUCAGCACCAAGAUACCAGCAAUAUUUACUCCAAUGUGGCUGUUUCAUCCGAGCCUCAGAUCCAACCCGAGGGCCUCUUCUACUCCACUGUUAGCUUCAACAAACACAUAGACUGCAGCACUGUCACACCUCACACUGAAGCACCCACAUACUCCGCUAUCAAAAUACAAAGCAACAGAUGAAUCAACUGUGCAUGACAAUGCCUGAGCUCAGUGCUGAUCAUCCUCAGUGCAGUAUCUUCCUCUGCUUUAAGAAUUUGAGUUAUGCUUGCAAAUACCCACCACUAUAAUAAUAUUUUGCACAUAUUUAUUUUUUACAUGUAUGCAGGACAGACAUUAUCAGUAACACCAACACAUUCUCACUCUGACCUUGUCACAUACUGUAUUGAUGUGCUUGGUCAUGGACUUUCCACAUCCACACACAACGUGAAAGGUACCCUGGGUGCGUUGGUUGUUGACGUUCUGGGACAC